GUGUUCUAGGAUAAGUUCCGGAAAGGAGGCCACCACUCAGGGCGCGAGAGCGACCACCCCCAGUUUGGGGCCCAUCACCCCGGGCGCGAUUCGGCGUCGCUGCUGUUGGCUCUUCUCAAGCCUCGUUCAUCCCCACCCCCAGGGAACCGCCUUGGAUCUCCGCCAUGGCAUCCACUUCCAACAACCUCCAGAAAGCAAUAGAUCUUGCUAGCAAAGCAGCCCAGGAAGACAAAGCGGGGAACUACGAAGAAGCCCUUCAACUCUAUCAACAUGCCGUGCAGUAUUUUCUCCAUGUAGUUAAAUAUGAAGCACAGGGAGAAAAAGCCAAGCAAAGCAUCAGGGCAAAGUGUACAGAAUAUCUUGAUAGAGCAGAACAGCUUAAGGAGUACCUGAAAAAGAAAGAGAAAAAGCCACAGAAGCCGGUGAAGGAGGGACAGCCGAGUCCAGCAGAUGAGAAAGGGAAUGACAGUGAUGGGGAAGGAGAAUCUGAUGACCCUGAAAAAAAGAAACUACAGAAUCAACUUCAAGGUGCCAUUGUUAUAGAACGACCCAAUGUGAAGUGGAGUGACGUUGCUGGUCUUGAAGGAGCCAAAGAAGCACUAAAAGAAGCUGUGAUACUGCCUAUUAAAUUUCCUCAUCUUUUCACAGGUGAGAUGACUAUUGAUGAAAUUGAUUCUUUGUGUGGUUCAAGAAGUGAAAAUGAAAGUGAAGCUGCACGUAGAAUUAAGACAGAGUUCCUAGUUCAAAUGCAAGGGGUUGGUGUGGACAAUGAUGGAAUUUUGGUUCUGGGAGCUACAAAUAUACCCUGGGUUCUGGAUUCUGCCAUUAGGCGAAGAUUUGAAAAACGAAUUUAUAUUCCUUUGCCGGAAGCCCAUGCCCGAGCAGCAAUGUUUAAAUUGCACCUGGGGACCACUCAGAACAGUCUAACAGAAACAGACUUCCGAGAACUUGGGAAGAAAACUGACGGUUAUUCAGGGGCAGAUAUAAGCAUCAUUGUACGUGAUGCACUUAUGCAGCCUGUUAGAAAAGUGCAGUCAGCUACUCAUUUUAAAAAGGUUCGUGGACCUUCCCGAGCUGACCCUAACAGUCUCGUAGAUGAUCUUCUAACACCCUGCUCUCCAGGCGACCCUGGUGCCAUUGAAAUGACAUGGAUGGAUGUCCCUGGGGAUAAACUUUUGGAGCCAGUGGUUUCCAUGUCGGAUAUGUUGCGGUCACUCUCUAACACAAAACCUACAGUCAAUGAACACGACUUGUUGAAAUUAAAGAAGUUUACAGAAGAUUUUGGUCAAGAAGGCUAAACCAAAGAUGACGAGGAUGUUUACCAUAUGUAUUGUUUCUUUCAUAGAUAUUUUCGCCUUUCUUGAAUAGCAUCCAGAUUAUUUCCAGUGAAACUCCUUUACCACAGGGAAAUUAUACAUCUUACUUCAGAGUUCCUUUAAGUUUUAUAUUGUACUUUUUCUCCAUUAUGUAUCAAAUGCUCCUAUUAACAAAAAGUAUAAAAUAAUAGGUUAUAAAGAAAUGAGUGAUA